GUCUCCUUGGUCACUAAACCCUCAGCUCCCCACUGGGGUGAAGUGGGAGGUACAGGGGGCCAGAACUGGAACCAGAGCUGAAUCCUAAACAGGGCCUCUGAAGUUCUUCUGGCCUUUUUCUGGAGGGACCACACACCAUGGCUCAACUGGUAUGGGGAUUGCUGUUCCUGGGUCUCAUGGCCAUGGCUCAUGGGCUUCAGAAGGGUGAUGAUCUGCUCAAUGUCUGCAUGGAUGGUAAACACCACAAGUACGAGCCUAGUCAAGAAGAUGAUCUUCAUCAACAGUGUAGCCCAUGGAAGAAAAGAGCCUGCUGCACAGCAAACACCAGCAUUGCAGCCCAUGAGGAUGCCUCCCACUUGUAUAAGUUCAACUUUAACCACUGUGGGAUGCUGACUCCAGCCUGCAAACGCCACUUUGUCCAGGAUCUGUGUCUCUACGAGUGUUCCCCAAACCUGGGACCUUGGAUCCAGCCUGUAAAUUCAAGCUGGAGGAAGGAAAGAGUCUUGAACAUUCCCCUCUGCAAGGAGGAUUGUAACAUGUGGUGGGAGGACUGUAAAACCUCCUAUACCUGCAAAGAGAACUGGCACAAAGGCUGGAAUUGGAGUUCAGGGAUUAAUGAGUGCCCAGUUAAGGCUGCUUGCCAUCCUUUCUCCUUUUACUUCCCAACACCAACCUCUCUCUGUGAAAACAUUUGGAGUCGCUCUUAUAAUGCAAGUCACUCUUAUGGCCGAGGCAGUGGCAAAUGUAUCCAGAUGUGGUUUGACCCAGCCCAGGGAAACCCCAAUGAAGCUGUGGCUAAAUUCUAUGCCAAUAGUUCUGCCCCAGACAUCUUCAGUUGGGGGUGCAGUUUUCCCUUCUUGACUCUGCUGCUGCCGCUGCUUCUCUGGGCUUGAUCCUUCUCAGGCACAAAAUCCAACUAAUCUCCACACAAACCCAUAGGCUACAUUGACUGUCUGAGACCUCUGGGACCCCAGCUUCCUGCCUGACUCAGCCUGCUUCUCCAGAGACCCUGACUUCCUGAUCUGGAUUCUCCCUGCUCAAACCAUCCACAGCAGCCUGAUGUGCCUGUUUGGAAACCCUCAGCCCUAUAUGCUUUGGAUUUCACAAGACUCAUCUCACUCCUGAGGUGAGCAGAAAAGGGAGAGCCUUCCUUCCCCUCCCCCAACUCUUAAUUAACUCCAAUUCCAAUCUUUCCUCUCCCCUCUGAAUUACAGAAUACCCCAAUCUCCAGUCUUUCCCUUAGUGGAAAUUAGAUUUGAUUCUAAAGGAAAAUCCUUUUUACUAUUUUCAAGCAUGGAUUUUUUCUUUGAUUAUAUUUGUAUCCCUAGUAUAUGUUCCAUGUAUAUGUAGGCAUUUAAUAAAUGGUGAUUGAUUAAAAAAAUA